AUUUUUCGACCGCCGCCGCCCCCAGUCCCCGAUCCGAAGCUGUGCCUCGUACCAUUUCGAUCCAAUGGCGCCGACGUCGAAGCUGUCGACGGGCAUCAAGCGCGCUUCGCGGUCGCACACGUACCAUCGCCGUGGGCUGUGGGCCAUCAAGGCCAAGAACGGCGGCGCCUUCCCCAAGGCCGACAAGGCCGCCGCCGCCGUGGAACCCAAGUUCUACCCUGCCGACGACGUCAAGCCCCGCGUUCCCAGCACCCGCAAGCCUAAGCCUACCAAGCUCAGGUCGAGCAUCACGCCUGGGACGGUGCUGAUCCUCCUCGCAGGGCGCUUCAUGGGGAAGAGAGUGGUGUUUCUCAAGCAGCUCAAGUCUGGCCUGCUCCUUAUCUCUGGGCCUUUCAAGAUCAAUGGAGUACCGAUCCGCCGUGUGAACCAGACCUAUGUCAUUGCUACAUCAACCAAAGUUGACAUCUCUGGUGUUGAUGUCGCCAAGUUUGAUGACAAGUACUUUGCCAGGGAGAAGAAGCAGAAGGUGAAGAAGACCGAGGGCGAGCUUUUUGAGACAGAAAAGGAGGCAUCCAAGUCACUGCCUGACUUCAAGAAGGAUGACCAGAAGGCUGUGGAUUCUGCUCUGAUCAAGGCUAUCGAGGCUGUCCUGGAGCUGAAAACCUAUCUUGGCGCCCGGUUCUCUCUCAGGGAUGGUGACAAGCCCCAUGAGAUGGUAUUCUAAGUUUCUAGUUUUGGAGUUCGUAGGAAGCUGUUUUGUCUGUGUUCUUGUACUUCUGAGUUUUGUACCAGUAGCGAACGUUUCAUUGUGAUUGAAGUCUUCCUGCCAAAUAUUAUAAGAUCUAAGAAAGUUCUAUCCGUGUUGGUGGUUCA